AUGGUUCUGAAAAAUCGUACAUCUACCAACACACUAGCCUUUUCUUCCACAACAGGCUCUCCUACCUCACGAGAACCUUCCUCAGCCCCUUCAUUGGUUAACACCAACCCACUGGAAGCAUCAACCCUACUGAGUGCUAGGAUGACAACCCUCAAAACACCAGAAAGAUCCUCAGUAAUCACCACAUCAGAAAGUGUAUGGACAACAAGUUAUUACACAACUACUAACAAAACACCCGCCCCUGGUGACACUAGUGUAAGAAUUUCACCUACCACACACAACUCACGGAGUGUGAGGGCAUCCUUGACAACUGUUCCUUUGUAUUCACUCAGGCAAGCAAUGACAUCUGAGAGCAGCAGCCAAACUCCUGAGAAAAACAGCACUCAGGGACAACCAGGGAGCACUCAAGUAAGUCAUACAAUUACAAAUCCUACAUCCUCAAGCAAUUCCAGCAGAAAAGAAUCCCCUCCGACUACCCAGAUGAUAACACACUCCACACCAAAUGCUCUGCUCACUCACUCCAUCUGGGUCUUCUACAGCACAUACCCCUACAUCACCAGAAAUGACCACAGCUCUUCCAACAGCCUCCUCCACCAUACUGCAAACAUCAACCAUAUCCAGCUCCUCACUGACAAACCUCAUAACCACAGAGACAUCUGCACUAAAGGCACUCCAUUUGGGUCUUCCACUGCCCAUAUCCUUACAUCACCAGAACUCAACCAGUGCAACUGUAUCCUCAGCAACUCUUCCUUUGGAAUCAGCCAGUCAAACAGCGAUAUUUGGGAGCAGCAGCCCACCCUCUGUGGAAAAGAGCACUACAUUCGUCCCCCUACAUCACCAGAACGGACCAUAGUCCUUCCAACAGCCUCCAACAUAUUGCAAACAUCAAACAUAUCCAGCUCAGCUCUGACUAACCUCAUAACCACAGAGACGUCUGCAAUAACCACCACUUCUGAGAGCACCUCCAAACUAAUUGCUGACAUAACCACUGAAAAAAUUACACCUACCCCUGGUAGCACUCGUGUUUCCAUUUCAGCUCCCCCAGCUACCUCAACCAAUGCAAGUGUAUCCUCAACAACACUUCCUUUGGAAUCAGCCAGUCAAGCAACAACAUCUGGGAGCAGCAGCCCACCAUCUGUGGAAAAGAGCACUACGGCACAAUCAGGGACCACUCACAUAACUAGUACGAGUGAAAAUUCUACGUCUCCAAAUACUUCCAGUAUAACAGAAUCCUCUCCGAUUACCCUGGUGAUCACUCGCGCAACACCAGAUUCCCUUUUCAGUGCAAUUUCAGAUAUCAUUUCCACUGCGCCAUCUACAAGUCCUUCUGACCUACCUGUGUCCACACCAUAUGUGGUCGCUACUAGCAAAUCUCAGAAAUCAGUGACAAUCUAUGAGACUGUGGGUGAAACAAGCUCUUCUAUUACACCUGUUAGUACUUCAUUUGUGUCUUCCACAUCGUCACCAAAAAUGACCACAGCCCUUCCAACAGCCUCCUCCACCAUAUUGCAAAUGUCAACCGUAUCUAGCUCUGCUCUGACAAACCUCAUAACCACAGAGACAUCUGCAGUAUCUGCUACUUCUGAAAGCACUUCCAAUCCAGUUGCUGAUACAACCACAGAAAGAACGACACCUACCCCUGAUAGUCAUAUUUUCAUUUCAGCUUCCACAUUUAGCUCAACCAGUGCAAGUGUAUCUUCAGCAACUGUUCCUUUGGAAUCAGGCAGUCAAGCAAUGACAUCUGGGAUCAGCAGCCCACCAUCUUUGACAAAGAGCACUAUGGCACAAUCAGAGACCAUUCAUAGAACUAGUACAAGUGCAAAUUCAACAUCACCAAGCACUUUCAGUUCAACAGAAUCCUCUCCGAUUACCCCGGUGAUCACACCCUCAACAUCAGAUACCCUUGUCACCGUCAGUGUAGUUUCAGACAUCACUUCAGUAGCACCAUCUAUGAGUCCUUCCUCCAUGCCUGUGUCCACACCUUAUGAGGUGACCACUACUAAAUCUCAGAAAUCGUUGACAGCAGGUAAGACUCCAGUUGAAACACUCCCUAUUACAAAUAUCAACACGUCAUUUAUUUCUGCCUCAGUACCUACCCCUACAUCACCAGCAAAGACCACAGCCUUUCCAACAGCCUCCUCAAUCACACUGCAAACAUCAACAAUAUCAAGCUCUUCCCUGACUAACCUCAUAACCACGGAGAUGUCGGCAGUAACUGCCACUUCUGAGAGCAUUUCCAAUCCAACUGCUGACACUACCAAUGAAAAAACCACACCUACCCCUGGUAGAACCCAUGUUUCCAUUUCAGCGUCCACAGCUAGUUCAACCAGUGCAAGUAUAUCCUCAGCAAAUAUUCCCUUGGAAUCAGCCAGUCAAACUAUGACAUAUGGGAGCAUCAGCCCACCAUCUAUGAAAAAGAAUACUGUGGCACAAUCAGGGACCACUCACAUAACUAGUACAAGUGCAAAUUCAACAUCGCCAAGUAUUUCCAGUUUAACAGAAUCCUCUCCUUUUAUUCCAGUAAUCACACACUCAACACCCGCUACCUUUUUCACUGUCAAUGAAAUUUCAGACAUCCUUUCCAUAGCACCAUCUACAAGUUCUUCUGACAAACCUGCAUCCACAUUGUAUUUGGUGACCACUAGCGAAUCUCAGAAAUUGGUGACUGAUGGUAAAACUGCAGUUGAAACCCAAUCUUCUAUUACACCUAUCAGCACUCCAUUUGGGCCUUCCACAGCACCUAACACUACAGCACCAGAAACGACCACAGCCAUUCCAACAGCCUCCUCCACCAUAUUGCAAACAUCAACCAUAACCAGCCCUGCCCUGACUACCCUUGUAGAAACAGAGACAUCUGCAGAAACCGCCACUUCUGAGAGCACCUCUAAUCCAAAUGCUGACAUGACCACUGAAAAAAUGACACCUACCCCUGGUAGCACCUGUGUUUCUAUUUCAGCUGCCACAGCUAGUUCAACCAGUGCAAGGUUAUCCUCAGCAACUGUUCCUUUGGAAUCAGCCAGUCUUAUGGCAACAUCUGGGAGCAGUAGCCCAACAUCUGUUACAAAGGGCACCGUGGCACAAUCAGGGACCACUCACAUAGCUAGUACAAGUUCAAAUUCCACAUCACCAAGCACUUUCAGAAUUACAGAAUCUUCUCCAAUUACCCCUGUGAUCACACAGUUAACACCAAAUAACUCUGUCACCGUCAGUGCAAUUCUGGAUAACACUUCUAUAGUACCAUCUUCAAGUCCUUCUGACAAACCUGUAUCCAUAUCAUAUUCUGUGACCACUAGCGAAUAUCAAAAAUCAGUGACUGCUGGUAAGACUCCAGGUGAAACAAGCUCUUCUAUUACACCAGUCACCGCUCCAUUUGAGUCUUCCACUGCCCGUACCCUUACAUCACCGGAAAUGACCCCAGCUCUUCCAAAAGCUUCCUUCACCAUUCUGCAAACGUCAACCCAAUCCAGCUCUGCUGUGACAAACCUUGUAACCCCAGAGGCAUCUGCAGUAAUUGUUACUUCUGAGAGCACUUCCAAUCCGAUUGCUGACACAAUCACUGAAAAAAUGACAAUUACCUCUGGUAGCACUCGUGCUUCCAUUUCAACUCCCACAGUUAGUUCAACCAGUGCAAGUGUAUCUUCAGCAACUCUUUCUUUGGAAUCAGCCAGUCAAAUAAUGACAUCUGAGAGCCGCAGCCCACCAUCUGUAGAAAAGAGCACCAUGGCACAACCAGGGACCCCUCACAUAGCUAGUACAAAUGCAAAUUCCACAUCACCAAGCAUUUCCGGUAUAACAGAAUCCUCUCUGAUUACCUCGGUGAUCACACGCUCAACACCGGCUAAGCUUGUCACUGUCAGUGCAAUUCUGGACAUCACUUCAGUAGCACCAUCCACAAGUCCUUCUGUCAAACCUGCAUCUACAUCAUAUUCGGUGACCACUAGUGAAUCUCAGAAAUCAGUGACUUUUGGUACGACUACAGUUGAAACACAAUCUUCUAUUACACCUAGCAACACUCCAUUUGACUCUUCCACUGCCCGUGCCCCUACAUCACCAGAAAUGAUCUCAGCCCUCCCAACAGCCUCCUCCACCAUAUUGCAAACUUCAAACAUAUCCAGCUCAGUUCUGACUAACUUCGAAAUCACCGAGACAUCUGCAGUAACCACCACUUCGGAGAGCACCUCCAAUCCAAUUGCUGACACAACCAUUGAAAAAACGACACCUACCCCUGGUAGCACUUGUGUUUCCAUUUCAGCUUCCACAGAGAGCUCAACUAGUGCAAGUGUAUCCUCAGCAAUUGUUUCCUUGGAAUCGACCAAUCAAAUGACAUCUGGGAGCAGCAGCUCUGUGGAAAAGAGCACUACGGCACAACCAGAGACCACUCACAUAACUAGUACAAGUGAAAAUUCAACAUCACCAAUCACUUCCAGUAUAACAGAAUCUUCUCCGAUAACCCUGGUGAUCACACACUCAACACCAGAUACUCUUGUCACUGCCAGUGCAAUUUCGGACAUCAUUUCCACUGCGCCAUCUACAAGUCCUUCUGACCUACCUGUGUCCACACCAUAUGUGGUGGCUAUGAGCAAAUCUCAGAAAUCGGUGACAACUGGUAUGCCUCUGAAUGAAACCAGCUCUUCUCUUACACUUGUCAGCACUCCAUUUGGGUCUUCCACAGCACGUACUCCUAAAUCACCAGAGAUGACCACAGGCUUUCCAAUAGCCUCUUCCACCAUAGUGCAAACAUCAAGCACAUCCAGCUCUGCCAUGACAAACCUCGUAACCACAGAGACAUCUUCAGUAACUGACACUUCUCAGAUAAUUUCUAAUCCAAAUGCUGAUACAACUGCUGUAAAAACAACACCAACCCCUCGUAGAAAUCAUGUUUCCACUUCACCUUCCACAGCUAGCUCAAGCAGUGCAAGUGUAUCCUCAGCAACUGUCCCUUUGGGAUCAGCCAGUCAAAGAACAAUAUCCGAAGGCAGCAGCCCACCAUCUUUUCAAAAGGGCACUAUGGCACAAUCAGAGACCACUCAUACAACUAGUACAAAUGCAAAUUCAAUAUCACCAAGCAUUUCCAGUUUAACACAAUCCUCUUUGAUUACCCCAGUGAUCACACGCACGAUACCAGGUAACCUUGUCACUGUCAGUGCAAUUUCAGACAUCAUUUCUAUAGUGCCAUCAACAAGGCCUGACAAAACUGUUUCCACACUUUAUUUGGUGACCACUAGCGAGUCUCAGAAAUCAGUGACGGCUGGUAUGACUCUGGAUGAAACACGCUCUUCUAUUGCACCUGCCAGUACUCCAUUUGGGUCUUCCACAGCACAUAGCCCUAUGUCACCAGAAAUGACCACAGCUUUUCCAACAGCCUCCUCCACCAUAUCGCAAACAUCAAUCAUAUCCAGUUCUGCCCUAUUAAACCUUGCUAUCACAGAGAUAACUGCAGUACCUGCCAUUUAUGAGAGCACAUCCAAUCCAAUUGUUGACACAACCAGUAACAAAACGACACCUACCGCUGCUAGCACUCGUGUUUCCAUUUCAGCUGCCACUGCUAGCUCAACCAGUGUAAGUGCAUCCUCAGCAACUCUUCCUUUGGAAUCAGCCAGUCAGACAAAGACAUCUGGGAGCAGCAGUCUACCAUCUGUGACAAAGAGUGCUAUUACACAAUUAGGGACCCCUCACAUAACUGAUAUAGGUACAAAUUCAACAUCAGCAAGCACUUCUAGUUUAAAAGAAUCCUCUCCAAUUACCCCAGUGAUCGCACAAUCAACACCAGAUACCUCUGUCACCUUCAGUGAAAUUCUGGACAUCACUUCUGUAGCACCAUCUACAAACCCUGCUGACACACCUGCGUCAACACCGAAUUCAGUGACCACUAGCGAAUCCCAGAAAUCGGUCACUGCUGAUACGACUCUAGCUGAAACACCCCCUUUUAUAACACUGGUCAGGUCUUCCACUACACGUACUGCUACAUCACCAGAAAUGAUCACAGCCCUCACAACAGAUUCCACCAUAUUGCAAACAUCAAUCAUAUCCAGCUCUGCUCUGACAAACCUUGUAACCACAGAGAUGUUUGCAGUAUCCAUGACUUCUGAGAGCACGUCCAAUCCAGUUGCCAACACAACUGAUGAAAAAAUGACACCUACCCCUGGUAGCACUCGUAUUUCUAUUUCAGCUUCCACAGAUAGCUCAAGCAGUGCAACUCUUUCUUUGGAAUCAUCAAGUCAAACAACAACAUCUGAGAGCAGCAGCCCACCAUCUGUGGAAAAGAGCACUGUGGCAAAAUCAGAGAUGACUCACAUAAUUGGUACAAGUGGAAAUUCAACAUCACCAACUUCUUCCAGUUUAACAGAAUCCUCUCCGAUUACCCAGGUGGUCACAAGCUGGACACCAGAUACCCUUUCCACUGUCAGUGCAAUUUCAGACAUAAUUUCUGGAGCGCCAUCAGCAAGUCCUUCUGACACAGCUGGGUCCACACCUUUUGCGGUGACCACUAAUGAAUCUCAGAAAUUGGUAAUGGAUGGUAUGACUCCAGUUGCAACAAGCUCUUCUCUUACUCCUGUCAGCACUCCAUUUGGGUCUUCCACAGCACGGACCCGUACAUCAUCAGAAAUGACCACAGCCCUUCCAACAGCCUCCUCCACCACAUUGCAAAGAUCAACUAUAUUCAGCUCCUCCCUGACAAACCUCAUAACCAUAGAGACAUCUGCAGUAACUGCCACUACUGAGAGCACCUCCAAUCCAAUUGCUGACACAACCACUGAGAAAACGACACCUACCCCUGAUAGCACUCGUCUUUCCAUUUCAGCUCCAAUGGCUGGCUCAACCAGUGCAAGUGUAACCUCAGCAACUGUUCCGUUGGAAUCAGCCAGUCAAACAAUGACAUCUGGAGGGGGCAGCCCAAUGUCUGUGACAGAGAGUACUGUGGCACAAUCAGAGCCUGCUAGCAUAACCGGUACAAGUGCAAUUUUAACAUCACCAAGCACUUCCAGUUUAACAGAAUCCUUUCCAAUUACCCAAGUGAUCACAAACUGGACAACAGAUACCCUUGUCACCGUCAGUGCAGUUUCAGAUAUCACUUCUGAAGUGCCAUCUACAAGUCCUUCUGACACACCUCUGUCCACACCAUAUGCAGCGACAACUAGCAAAGCUCAGAAAUCAGCGAUGGGUGGUAUGACUCCAGGUGAAACCGCCUCUUCUCUUACUCCUGUCAGCACUCCAUUUGGGUCUUCCACAGCACAUACCCCUACAUCACCAGAAAUGACCACAGCCCUUCCAACAGCCUCCUCCACCACAUUGCAAACAUCAACCAUAUCCAGCUCCUCCCUGACAAACCUCAUAACCAUAGAGACAUCUGCAGUAACUGCCACUACUGAGAGCACACCCAAUCCAAAUGCUGACUCAACCACUGAAAAAAUGACACCUACCCCUGUUAUCACCCGUGUUUUCAUUUCAGCCUCCACAGCUAGCUCAACCAGUGCAAGUGUAUCCACAGCAACUGUUCCUUUGGAAUCAGCCAGUCUAACAGCGAUACCUGGGAGCAGUAGCCCAACAUCUGUUACAGAGAGCACCAUGGCACAAUCAGGGACCACUUACAUAACUAGUACAAGUGAAAAUUCAACAUCACCAAUCACUUCCAGUAUAACAGAAUCUUCUCCAAUUACUCUGGUAAUCACACGCUCAUCACCAAAUACCCUUGUCACCACCAGUGUGGUUUCAGACAUUAUUUCCAUUGCACCAUCUCAAAGUACUUCUGGCCUACCUGUGUCCACACCAUAUGUGGUGGAUACUAGCAAAUCUCAGAAAUUGGUGACACCUGGUAUGACUCCAGGUGAAACCAGCUCUUCUCUUACACCUAUCAGCACUCCAUUUGGGUCUUCCACAGCACAUAUCCCUACCUCACUAGAAAUGACCACAGCCCUUCCAAAAGCCUCCUCCACCACACUGCGAACAUCAACCAUAUCCAGCUCUGCCCUGACAAACCUCGAAAUCACCGAGACAUCUGCAGUAGCCACCACUUCCGCGAGUAUAUCAAAUCCAGUUGCUGACAGAACCACUGACAAGACAACAUCCACCGCUGCUGUCAGUUUUUCCAUUUCAGCUGCCACAGACAGCUCAAGCAGUGCAAGUUCAUCCUCAGCAACUAUUCCUUUGGAUUCUAUCAGUGGAACAGCAAUUUCUGGGAGCAGUAGCCCACCUCCUGUUACAAAGAGCACUAGGGGACAGUCAGUGACCCCUCACAUUAUUAGCACAAGUUCAAAUUCAAAAUCAACCACCACUUCCAAUGUCACAGAAUCCUCUAUGGUAACGCAGGUGAUAACACACUCAAUACCAGAUUCACUUUUCACUUUCAGUUCAGCUUCAGACACCCUUUUUGUUGCAUCAUCUAUCAGUCCUUCUGACACACAUGGGAAAGAGAGCACCAGUACAACUGGGCUCACACCGUAUCAGGGGACCACUACUGAAUCCCAGAAGUUGGUAACAUCUCGUACUACUCCAGCUGAAUCACAGUCUUUCAAUAACCCUCUCAGCACUCCCUUCAUGUCUUCUACAGCAGAUGGCCCUACCUCACCGGAAAUGACUACAGCCCCUCCAUCAGCCUCUUCCACCAUUUUGGAAACAUCGACCACAUCCAACUCUGCUUCGACAAACUUCAUAACCACAGAGAAGACUAUAGUUACCACUACUUCAGACAGGACAUCCAAUCCAAUUGCCACCAAAACAACACUCCCCUCUGGUAGUACUAAUGCUUCCAUUUCAGCAGACUCAGAUCGCACUAGCCGAGCAAGUGCAUCCUCAGCAACUCUUUUUUGGGGUUCAACAAGUGAACAAAUGACAUCCACGAGCAUCGGCCCACUUUCGGUCUCAGAGGUCACUACUAGACAAAGCGUGAACUCAGUACCACCAAGCAUUUCCAGUGGAUCGAAAUCCUCUACAAUUACACAGGUGAUUUCCCACUCAGUGCCAAAUACGCUUCUAAGCAUCAGCUCAGCCUCGGUCACUGCUUCUUCCACCCCAUCUACUAGCUCUUUUGACACUCUGGGAAAUGAGAGUGCUGAAACAACUGAAUCCAUGCAGUAUUCGGUGACCAGCAGUGAAUCUCAGAGAUCAGUGACAGCUGGUACGACUCCAGUUGAAUCAAGAUCUUCUAAUAUACCUGUCAGCGCUCCCUUUUCAUUUUCUACAAAAGCAUUAGUGUCUCCACUGCAGCCACCACAGACAGCUCAGGCAGUUCAAGUGCAUCAAUGCCCCUGCGUCACCAGAGCAGAUUACAGCCCUUUCCUUAGUCACUACCAGCCUACGGGAAACAUCAACCUUAUCCAGCUCUACUCUGACAAACCCGGUGAUCACCCUAUCAACUCAAAAUGCACUUGGCGAUAUCAGUAUGGCUUCAGAGACCACUCCUGCAACCUCUUCUCACAGGACUCCAAAUACGUCUGCCCACAUGCAUUCUACAUCCUUUGCAACGGGAGCCCCUACCUCAUUGGAAGCCACCACAGCCCUUUCCUCAGCUACCACCAGCCGAUUGGAAAAGUCCUCAUCCAGCUCCACUCCUGCAACUUUUCUACCCACAGAGAUGUCUGCGGUGACUGCCUCUUCGCAACUGAAAGCUCUUCUCUCCCCAAAGCAACUACAGGUAUCACUCCGAUGUCUACUCUGACCCCAACAAACAGCGCGGGACCGCAUACAGGAGCAGGGAUUAGCUCAACUGGCCUUCUACCCACUACUCUGAGGGACAUCCCAAGUUCAGAAAGAGAGCCAGCUGUCUCCACUCCUAGAGAAGCUACAACUGUGACUGUGACUGUCAAAAGGACCAGCACAUUUUCCCUGCUGACCGCGACCUGGCCCGACUCCUCGGCUGCCUCAAGUCCCCCUCCGGGUGGUGAGACCAGUCCAGCUACACCAUCUGAGAACCUUUCUUCUCCAGGCAACACCACAAGAGAGGAAAUGAGCCCAACUGCUCUUGUCAGCGCUACCCCAUGGGAGAGCGUCACUUCUGCUGUUCCUCAUGCAAUGGGGACCCAACCAGCUGUCUCAGCAUACAGGCCAACACCCAGAGCCCAGACAACACUCACAGGCCCCAGCAGCAGCAGCACUCCAGUACACUCUACCAUUGAGUCUGGAACAGGCCCAGCUGCCCUGUCAGCCUUCACCCUAAUACAGGAGACGAGUACAGUGGGCAGCCUCACAGAAGCACCGGUUACCAAUCUGACCCCUUUAGCAACAGAUGUCAUCACUGCCCAUAAGGCAGCAUCUACUACAGGAUCCAGCACAGACUUACAAGUUUCCAGUGCCACAAAUAUCCUGGCCACCAGACCUGGAACUGAGACCUCCUGGUCUCCCACCAUGAACACUCCUCCAGAUGAAUCCUCCACACAAGGAACAGAAACAAGUUCAGUUUCCAUUCGGAUGGCAAGACAAAUUACAGUGCCCAGCAGAACUGUAUUAUGGACUACCCCACUUCCAGACACCCCCGACAAGGGAGCAGAAACAAGCACACUUCCAUUUGGGACUGAAAUUACAACUAAAGGCCCCAGCACAGUUGUAAUAGGAACUACAUCUAUUUUUGAUAGCGCCCUCCCCAGAACGGAGACAGGUUCAGUUCCAUUUCAGAUCGAAACUACAACUGUAGUCCCCCACAGAAGUGCAACCAGAACCACACUCAUUUCAGAUGUCAUCACCAUGGGAGCCAGAUACAGUUCCAUUUCCUUUCUGAAGAAAAGUAUGGCUACUGGUGCUAGUUCAGCUGUAACAGGAACUCAACCUUUUCCUCAAACCACAGGCAAGGAAGAAGAGAAAAACUCAUUUCCAAUAUCAAAUGAAAGUACAACGACAUUCACCAGAACUGAAACAGGAACUAAGUCAUUUCCAGACACCACUGACACAGGAGUAGGCUCAGAUUCAGUUUCCUUUCUGACUGAAAGUACAACCACAGGUACAAGCAGGACUAUAUCAGAUACGAAGCCCUUUCUUGACACCACAGGUACAGUAGUAGAGAUGCUCUCCAAUUCCGUUCUACCCGAAAGACUAUCUACUAGUCAGCCUUUUACAGCGACUACAUCUUUGCCUGACGCAGGAGCAGAGUUCGGUUCAGUUUCCGUUCCUCCUGAAAACCAGACGACAGACCUCAGUGGACCUGCAACAGGAUCUACACCCAUUUUAGGCAAAACAAGCUUGGGUUCAGAGAAGAGUUCAGUUCCACUUCUGACUGAAAGCACAAGUAUAGCUCCCAGCAGUGUUCUAACACAAACAACACUUUUUCCUGACACCUCCAGCUCCAUAGCUGAUACAAGCUCAAUUCCAGUUCUGACUGAGACUACAGAGGUCCACACCUGGCCUGUAAGAGGAACUACACCAUUUUUAGUCACCGCUGGAAUGGGAUCAGUGAUGAGUUCAGUUCCUCUUCUGACUGAAAGAACGACAGUCACUAGCAGGCGUGGUACAGAAACUACAAGCAUCCCGGACACCACUGGCUUAUGGGUAGAGUCAAGCUCAUUUCCAUAUCUGAUUGAAAGUUCAACUGCACCACCCAGGGUGGCUGGAUAUGAUGGAACUACACACCUGCCUGACAUUACCCACACAGGAGCAGGAGUAAGCUCAAUUUCCUUUCGGACUGAAAGUGCAACUACAGUUCCUGUCGAGGUUGUGACAAGAAGUAGUUUCUUCACUGGCACUGGAACAGAAAAAAGUUCAGUCCCAUUUUGGAGUGAAAGUGCAACUUCUAUCCCCAUUAAGGCUUUAACGAAUACUACACCCUUUCAAGACACCACCGACAAUGUUGCAAGGACAACCCCAGUUUCUGUUGGAACAGAAAGACCAAAUACAUUUCCCAGCUGGGGAACAACAGGAACUACACCCUUUAUGGACACCAUCCCUAUGGGAGGAGAAACAAGUUCAGCUCCAUUUCUAACUGACAUUACAACUGAAGCACACAGCAGGCCGGUAACGAGAACCACACCCUUUCCGCACACCACUGGCAAGGGAGCCGAGACUAGUUCAUUCUCCUUUCUGAGUGAAAGUAAAACAGCAGUCCCCAGCAGAGCGAUAACAGAAACUACACUCCUUGUUCAGGACACCUUCAUUGUGGGAACCAGAUCAAGCUCAACUCCAUUUCUGUUUGAAAGUUCAACGGCAGCCUCCAGCAGGGCUGUGAUGGGAACUCAACCUUUUCCUGACACUGCCCACACAGGAACUGAGAUACACUCAGCUUCCCUUCUGUCGUACAGUCCAACUUCAAGAACUAGCAGGGUAGUAAGUGAAAGUACACUUGUACCAGACACCGCCAGCACAAGAGCUGUGACAAUUUCCACUUCAAGUCUGCCUGAAGAGCUGUCCACCAACCAGGCUGUCACGGCUACGACAUCAUUCUUCCCUGACACGGGAGCAGAGCUCAGUACAGUUUCAGUUCUGCCUGGAAGAUGGACUACAGUCCCCGGAGGAGCUGCAACAGGAACUACACCCAUUUCAAACAAAACAAGCUUGGGACCAGAGAAGAGUUCAGUUCCACUACUUUCUGAAAGUGCAAGUCCAGCUCCCAGCAGUGUUCUAACUCAAACGACACCUCUUCUUGACACCUCCGGCUCCGUAGCUGAUACGAGCUCAAUUCCAGUUUUGAAUGAAAUUACAACAGAAGUCCACACCAGGCCUAUAACAGGAGCUACACGAUUUUUCAUCACCACUGGCAUGGGAUCAGAGACGAGUUCAGUUCCACUUCUGACUGAAAGAACGACAGUUAUUAGCAGGGAUGGUACAGAAACUGCAAGCAUCCUUGAUACCACUGGCAUAGAAGUAAAGACUAGCUCAAGUCUAUAUCUGAUUGAGAGUUCAACUGCACCCCCCAGGAUGGCUGGAUCUGAUGGAACUACACCCUUGCCUGACACCAGCCACACAGGAGUAGGGAUAAGCUCACAUCUCUUUCUGACUGAAAAUCCAGCUGUAGUACCUGCCAGCACUGUAACCGCAAACACAUCCUUCCCUGCCAUCACUGGCACUGGAACAGAAAAGAGCUCAGGUCCAUUUCUGAAUGAAAGUACAACCUCUGUCCCCACAAAGGCUAUCACAGAUACUAGACCUUUUCCAGAUACUACACCCUUUUCAGCCACCUUCCCUUUAGGACCAGAAACAGGUUCAGCUCCAUUUCUGACUGACAUUACAACUGAAGCACACAGCCGGCCUGUAAUGGGAACGACGCCCUUUCCGCAAACCACUGGCAAGGGAGCCAAGACUAGUUCAUUCCCCUUUCUGAGUGAAAGUAAAACAACAGUUCCCAGCAGAGUGAUAACAGAAACUACACUCCUCGUUCAGGACACCAUCAGUGUGGGAACCAGCUCAAGCUCAACUCCAUUUCUGUUUGAAAGUUCAACAGCAGCCUCAAGCGGGCCUGUGACGGGAACACAACCUUUUCCUGACACCACCCACACAGGAGCCGAGACACACUCAGUUUCCCUUUCGAUGAACAGUCCAACUUCCAGGACCAGCAGGGUGGGAACAGAAACUACGCUCUUACCAGACACCACUGGCACAGGAUUUGUGACAAUCUCCAUUUCCAGUCUGCCCCAAAAGCCUUCCACUAGCAAGGCUGUUACAGAGACUACAUCCUUCCUUGACACGGGAGCAGAGCUCAGUUCAGCUUCCGUUCCACCUGAAAACCAGACUACCAUCCCUAGCAGAGCUGCAACAGGAACUAUACCCAUUCCUGACAAAACAAGCUUGGGAUCAGAGAAGAGUUCAGUUCCAAUUCUGACUGAAAGUACAACUCCCAGCACUGUUGUAAUGCAAACAACACCCUUUCCUGACACCUCCCGCUCCAUAACUGAUACAAGCUCAGUUCCAGUUCUGACUGAAAUUACAGCUAAAUUUCACACAAGGCCUGUAACAGGAACUACACCAUUUUUAGCAAACACUGGCAUGGGAUCAGAGACAAAUUCAGUUGCACUUCUGACUGAAAGAACAACAGUUACUAGCAGAGGUGGUACAGAAACUGCCAGCAUUUCGGACACAUUUCUGACUCAAAGUACAAGUACAGUCCUUAGCAAGGAAUUCAAUGAAACCACACCCUUUCCUGACACUUCCCCCUUCCUAGUGGGAACAAGUCCAGUUCCAGUUCUGAUUGAAAUGAUAACAAAUGCCCACAGCAGGAGGCCUGUAACGGGUCCCACAAUCCUUUCUGACACCACCCAUGUGUUAUCGGCUGCUCCAUCGCCUGCUGGUCCCAGUGGGGGAACUGUCACGGUCACAGGGUCUGCCCUGGCCACCCCCACAGAACCCACUACAGGUGCCCUGGGCCGUGGUACAGAUUUAGAGAGUAGCCCAGUUGUGCCAUCUUCCCCUGUGACCCAUCUUCAAGAUGAGACCUUAACCUCAUCGGUCCCAAGGACAUCAACUGAUGCAAGCCUGGUGGCCUCCAGCCCUAGUUCGACAGCACAUCCCGCUGAAAGCACAAGUGCAAUGUUCACACUUAAUAUAAUUGCCACCAGCCCAGUCACUACUCCCAUCUCUAGGCUUGCUGAGUCCAUGAGUGCCUCAGAUUCCUCCACACCUGGAACAGAGACAAGUUCUACUACCCUCAUUCCCACCACCUUGGUUGAGACUUCACUUGGGUCUUCUGCAGGAACAACGUUUGGCCAAACACCCUAUUCCCUGUCAACUCCAUCUCCAACGUCCCCGGUCCACUUCCCUGGUUCUGAGUCAGGGACAAGUCAGGUCACCCCUCCGACUACCAUGCCAGGGAUGGCCUCCAGGACAGUGGGCACCACCACCGACCUAGAGAAAAGCACAACUGACACUACCAGUGGAAUCAACAAUGCUGCUGAAUCAGAAAUCAGCCCAACUGUGAUUCCAACACACACUCUUGCAGAAACAACCGUUCUCAGGACUGGCUUCUCUUCUACCUUUAAUACUGUCCUGGUCACAAGCACAGAGAAUGUGGUUGUGCCCAUCACAAAGAUCCCAGACCAACAACCAGGUGUUGGGAAUAACACCAUCACAUCCACACCAAAUAGCGCUCCUUCUCCAACAACAAUUGGCCUUAGCACAAGGCCGUAUACAUCAAGAACCAUGGAGACUACUUUAGGACCCACCAAACAUACCAUCAGUACUCUGGGUCCCAAGACCGCUGCAGGACCCACAUCUGUCCCUCCUCCUCCUCUUCCUCCUACUGCUACUACUAUUAUCACUCCAACUACUCCUAGGACUCCAGGUGAGACCUUCAGGGUCACCAGCUCUUCAUCACUGGUCGCCUCAGUUCAUUCGACUUCCUCUGCUCCACUUCAAACGACAGCUCCACAGGAGACCAGUGCCAGAAGAGAGACCAGUACAGGUUUAUUGCAUUCAACGCAGCCGGCACUCUCCACUUCCAUAGGCACCAGUAUGGAAACUAGGAUAAGCACACUGGUCCCCUCUACUGCAAUGACUGCGACUCGAACACCAGCCCUCACCCUGACUGUAAGGAGCACUAGGCCCACCUCAACUCCCAUCGUAACUCCAGUUGAGACCACAAUUACUCCUGGACUGAGCAAAGGCUCAGAGACCAGUUCGGUUGCUCCUCUGACCACUACUCCAGUUAAGACCCCCAUCGAUUCCACCACAACACAGAGCGCUGGUGAAGGAACCAAGCCAUCCUCAGUGACACCGAUGACCACAAAUCCAGUCAAUGACCUGGAGUGUUUCACCCUGAACUUCACCAUUACCAACCUGCGCUACACAGCAGACAUGGGGGUCCCAGGCUCCCAGAAAUUCAACACUACAGAAAGAGUCCUGCAGCGUCUGCUCGACCCUUUGUUCAAGAAGAGCAGCGUUGGCUCCAGUUUCUCUGGCUGCAAAGUGACCAGGCUGCGGUCAGUGAAGAACGGAGCGGAAAGUGGGGUGGAUGCCAUCUGCACCUACAGGAAAGGCCACACCAUUCCCAGAUUGGACCAAGAGGAGAUUUACCAUGAGCUGAGAAGCCUGACGAGUGGGAUCACCAGGCUGGGCCCCUACAUCCUGGACAGGGACAGUCUCUACAUCGAUGGCUACAAUGAACGAGCAUCUGACCACCCCACGACCGCUCCUGUGACAUCCAUGUCUAAAGCCAGGCCCUUGCCCACAUCCACCAUGUCUCCAACAUCAACCCUCAGCAUAAACUUGCAGAGUUUCACCUUGAACUUCACCAUAACAAACCUGUACUAUACGACAGACAUGGGGGUCCUGGGCUCCCAGAAAUUCAACAUCACAGAAAGAGUCCUGCAGCAUCUGCUCGACCCUUUGUUCAAGAAGAGCAGCAUCGGCUCUGGCUACUCUGGCUGCAAAGUGACCAGGUUUCGGUCAGUGAAGAAUGGGGCAGAAAGUGGUGUGGAUGCCAUCUGCACCUACAGGAAAGGCCUCGCCAUCCCCAGAUUGGACCGAGAGGAGGUUUACCGCGAGCUGAGCAGCCUGACGAGUGGGAUCACCAAGCUGGGCCCCUACAUCCUGGACAGGGACAGUGUCUAUGUCAAUGGCUACAAUGAACAGGCACUGGUCCACCUCACAACCGCUUCUGUGUCAUCCAUGUCCAAAGCCACACCAUUAUCUACAUCCACCAUGUCUCCGACAUCAAUUCCAACCUCAAAAUUAGAGAAUUUCACCUUGAACUUCACCAUAACCAAUCUGCGCUACAUGGAAGAUAUGGGGGUCCCGGGCUCCCAGAAAUUCAACACCACAGAAAGAGUCCUACAGCGUUUGCUCGACCCUUUGUUCAAGAAGAGCAGUGUCAGCUCUGGCUAUUCUGGCUGCAAAGUGAUCAGGCUACGAUCAGUGAAGAGAGGGGCGGAAAGUGGUGUAGAUGCCAUCUGCACCUACAGGAAAGACCCCACUGUCUCCAGGUUGGACCGAGAGAAGGUUUACCGCGAGCUGAGCCACCUGACAAGUGGGAUCACCAGGCUGGGUCCCUAUGUCCUGGACAGGGACAGUCUCUACGUUAAUGGUUACAAUGAAUGGACAACUGUCCAUCCCACAACAGCUCCUGUGGCGCCAACGUCAAAAUCCACAUUCAGGUCCACAACCACACUGUCUCCAACACUAAGACCCAGCCCAAACUUGGAGCAUUUCUCCCUAAACUUCAUCAUGACCAACCUGCACUACACAGCAGACAUGGGGGUCCCAGGCUCCCGGAAAUUCAAUACCACAGAAAAAGUCCUGCAGCGACUGCUCGACCCUUUGUUCAAGAAGAGCAGCAUCGGGUCCGGCUACUCUGGCUGCAAAGUGACCAGGCUACGGUCGGUGAAGAACGGGGUGGAAAGUGGGGUGGAUGCCGUCUGCACCUACAGCAAAAGCUCCCCCACCCCCAGAUUGGACCGAGAGGAAGUUUACCAUGAGUUGAGCCACUUGACCAGUGGGAUCACCAGGCUGGGCCCCUACAUCUUGGACAAGGACAGUCUCUACGUCAAUGGCUACAAUGAACGGGCAGCUGUUCAUCCCACAAUGGCUCCUGUGGCAUCUACGUUAAAAUCCACUUCCAGAUCAACAACCACACUGUCUUCAAAAUCAAGCCCCAGCCCAAAUUUGGAGUAUUUUACAUUGAACUUCACCAUUACCAACCUGCGCUACACAGCAGGCAUGGGGGUCCCCAGCUCCUGGAAAUUCAACACCUCAGAAAGAGUCCUGCAGCGUCUGCUCGACCCUUUGUUCAAGAAGAGCAGCAUCGGCUCCAGCUACUCUGGCUGCAAAGUGACCAGGCUGCGGUCGGUGAAGAACAGGGCAGAAAGUGGGGUGGAUGCCAUCUGUACCUACAGGAAAGGCCCUACCAUCCCCAGAAUGGACCAAGAGAAGGUUUACCGCGAGCUGAGCCACCUGACGAGUGGGAUCACCAGGCUGGGCCCUUACGUCCUGGACAGGGACAGUCUCUAUAUCAAUGGAUACAAUGAAUGGAUACCUAUCCUUCCCACGAUGGCUCCUGUGGUGCCGAUGUUAAAAUACACAUCCAGGUCCACGACCACACUUUCUCCCACAUCAAGCCCCAGGUCAAACUUGCAAAGUUUCACCUUGAACUUCACUAUAAGCAACCUGCACUACAUGACAGAUAUGGGGGUCCCAGGCUCCCGUAAAUUCAACACCACAGAAAGAGUACUGCAGCGUCUGUUUGACUCUUUGUUCCAGAAGAGCAGCGUCGGCUCCGGCUAUUCUGGCUGCAAAGUGAUCAGGCUGCGGUCGAUGAAGAACAGGGUGGAAAGUGGGGUGGAUGCCAUCUGCACCUACAGAAAAGGCCCCACCAUCCCCAGAUUUGACCGAGAGAAGGUUUACCGUGAGCUGAGCCGCCUGACGAGUGGAAUCACCAGGAUGGGCCCUUAUGUCCUGGACAUAGACAGUCUCUACGUCAAUGACUACAAUGAAUGGACAGCCUUCCGCCCUACGACCAACUAUCCUCCCAAUAGGAUUGGGGAAGUGACAGAGAACUCUGACCUGUCUUUUUGGGCCAUCAUCCUCAUUUGCCUGGCUGCCCUCCUGGGGCUGAUUAUCAUCUUAUUUUGCUGCUUCCUGGUCGCCCUGUGUCUGCAGAAGAAGGAAGGCAGUUAUCAAGUCCACCAGAUCCAGCAGCAGGAUAUGGGCUGUUACUUUCCUCACUUGGAUAUGAGAAAAAUGUAGUGAGAGGCUCCCAAGAACAGCGGACCUCUAGAAGCUUCCUCUUUCCCACCACCCGGAGUCCCAAACCCCUGAAAAACACUUUAACUCUGUCGCGACAUCUUCUUUACUGCUUUGUAACCAAAGGAUGCCUGAUAUAUUUAAAACAAGAAAAUUAACUUA